AUCCUUGAAUCGAUAACGAUUAUCGCAAAAACCUGUCAGAUUCAUAAUUUGGGUGUAAGGGGGCUUUUGCAGCUCUACUUAACACAGCCCCAAAUCGACACAAGCGCAAAGCUUCCACCACGGCCAACCUUGAAACCCAGGGAACGUCAAAAGUGUUCUGCGAUACUAUUCUACCGUUAUCUAUCAUUGACGCCCUAAGAAACGAUCCCGCCAUCUCUGGCGAACCUUCACGAUGGCUAGCAGUAGCAGAAUAGACUCAAGCCUUCCAGCGCAGCCCAACCUGCGAUUAACUAUAAUUGCUGCCGACGGCUUGUACAAGCGUGAUGUUUUUAGAUUUCCGGACCCGUUUGCAGUUGCGACACUGAGUGGCGAGCAGACGAAGACGACCGCUGUUAUCAAAAGGACUCUAAAUCCAUACUGGAACGAGAUCUUCGACCUGCGUGCGAACGAAGAUAGUAUAUUAGCAGUACAGAUAUUCGACCAAAAGAAAUUCAAGAAGAAGGACCAAGGGUUCUUAGGAGUAAUAAAUGUUCGUGUUGGAGAUGUCAUCGACUUUUCUUCGCCCCAAGAUCAAAUGCUCACCCGAGAUCUGAAAAAAUCGACGGAUAAUCUUGUAGUACAUGGAAAACUUAUUAUAAGUCUUUCCACAAAUCUAGAUGCCCCUCCAAGAGGAGGCAGCCUCGCUCCGCCUACGAACGGCCAUUCAACGUCAAGCAACCGACCUUCAAUCCACACUCCAACUGGCUCCGUUUCUGGUUUCUCAAACUCGGCUUCUUCGCCUGCUUCUCAUACCCCUCAACCACAAGGAGUCGUUAUGGCUAACGGAGCUCUCUCCAAUGGACCAACCCCCGGACAUGCACCCGCUGCAGGCAGCGGCGGAAGCAACGCACCUACGGCCAGCGCAGGUGCAGGACACCGAAACGGUUUGAGCUCAUUCGAGGAUGCUCAGGGUAGAUUGCCAGCUGGAUGGGAAAGGCGGGAAGAUAACUUGGGACGAACCUAUUAUGUCGACCACAACACAAGAUCUACAAGUUGGAAUAGACCAUCUGCAUCAGGGACGACCGAGACAAGGCAGGACGAGAGAAAUGCUAAUACUCAAGUGGAGCGUCAACGACAUCAGAACAGAACUCUACCUGAAGAUCGCACCGGUGCCAAUUCACCAAAUUUGGCACAGCAACAAGCUAGCAGUAGUGCUAACACCGCUGCUGCGACUACGAUGAUGGCUACUGGAGCCACUACCGCAGGAACCGGAGAACUUCCACCACUCUGGGAACAGAGACAUACUCCCGAGGGCCGUCCUUAUUUCGUGGACCACAAUACCCGAACCACAACUUGGGUAGACCCUAGGCGUCAACAAUAUAUCCGCAUGUAUGGUGGUCAAAAUGCAAACAAUACCAUUCAACAACAACCAGUUUCACAACUUGGUCCUCUGCCAAGUGGCUGGGAAAUGAGACUCACAAAUACUGCAAGAGUUUACUUUGUGGAUCACAACACCAAAACCACUACCUGGGAUGACCCUCGACUGCCCUCUUCGCUGGAUCAGAACGUACCGCAAUACAAGCGUGAUUUCAGAAGAAAGCUUAUCUACUUUCGUUCACAACCAGCCUUACGCAUCCUCUCCGGUCAAUGCCAUGUUAAGAUCCGAAGAUCACAUAUUUUCGAGGAUUCUUACGCUGAAAUUAUGCGUCAAUCUGCCACUGAUUUGAAGAAACGUCUGAUGAUUAAAUUUGAUGGAGAAGAUGGUCUCGAUUAUGGUGGAUUGUCGAGAGAAUUCUUCUUCCUUCUCUCUCAUGAAAUGUUCAACCCUUUCUAUUGUUUAUUCGAAUACUCUGCUCACGACAACUAUACUCUUCAAAUCAACCCCCACUCCGGAAUUAACCCAGAACAUCUUAACUACUUCAAAUUCAUUGGUAGAGUGGUUGGUUUGGCCAUCUUCCAUCGUCGAUUCUUGGAUGCAUUUUUCAUUGGUGCCCUGUACAAAAUGAUGCUUAAUAAGGCUGUCUCCCUUCAAGAUAUGGAGGGAGUUGAUGCUGAUUUUCAUCGAAGUCUUCAAUGGAUGUUGGAUAAUCCAAUUGAAGGUGUUCUAGACCAGACAUUCUCGACAGAAGAUGAGAGAUUUGGUGUUACAAACGUCGAAGACCUUAAACCGGGCGGAAGAGAUAUUGAAGUCACAGAUGAGAAUAAAAAAGAGUAUGUUGAUUUGAUGGUCAAAUGGAGGAUUCAAAAACGAAUUGAUGAGCAAUUCCAAGCUUUCAUCACUGGUUUCCAUGAGCUUAUUCCAGCCGAGCUUGUUAAUGUCUUUGACGAAAGAGAGCUCGAGUUGCUGAUUGGUGGUAUUGCGGAAAUUGAUGUUGACGAUUGGAAGAAGCACACAGACUAUAGAGGAUACACAGAAUCUGAUGAGGUCAUUAAGUUUUUCUGGCAAACGAUCCGCAGCUGGGAUGGAGAACAGAAAUCUCGCCUUCUUCAAUUUGCCACUGGUACUUCUCGUAUUCCCGUCAACGGAUUUAAAGAUCUUCAAGGUAGUGACGGGCCGAGAAGAUUCACAAUUGAAAAGCAAGGAGAGCCGAACAAUUUACCAAAAUCUCACACCUGUUUCAACCGACUGGAUCUUCCACCAUACAAGAACCUUGAGCAGUUGCAAACCAAAUUGACGAUGGCAGUGGAAGAGACGAUGGGAUUCGGACAGGAGUGAUUUAUGUUUUGGAAGGGUUUCAUUGGUUCUGCAUGGUGUUAUUUUCUAUACAAGCUGAGGGAGGUCCAGGUUUC